CAAACCUAGCCCAGCUCUCCAGUGAGUAAGAUGCUGGUGUUAGAGCCUCGGGAGGCACAGCUGCAAAUAGGUGUACACACCCUUGCUAUUGAGCCUCACUGAUUUAUAUUUAUCCAGGCAGGGGAACAAAGUCCAGUUAUUCUGGGAGCGAGAGCUACACAGCACAAUGGCUCAACUGGCUCACAGCGUCCUGGUGACAGGCUCCAACCGGGGAAUUGGACUAGAAAUGGUGAAGCAGCUUGUGGAGAUGACAGAUCCUCCAGAGCACAUCUUUGCAACUUGCCGGGAUCCCACCGGACCCAAAGGAAAGGUCCUGCGUGAUUUGGCAGAUAAACACUCCAGGAUUCAUGUGAUUCAGUUGGAAGUGGAAGACCAGUCCAGUGUGAAGGCUUCCGUGGCACUGGUGGAGUCCCAUCUAAAUGGCAAAGGCCUCAAUUUGCUCAUCAACAAUGCUGGAGUAAACUCUUAUGCCUCCCUGGAAACUGUGCAACCAGAAGAAAUGCUGUCUGCGUUCAACACCAAUGUAGUAGGUCCCAUUCUUGUGGUGAAGGAAUUCCUGCCCCUACUGAAGAAGGCAGCAAAAGCAACGUCGACGGAGGAAAUGAGCUGCAGGAAGGCAGCCAUCAUCAAUAUAUCCUCCAAACUGGCCUCUAUUGGAAGGGGAUUUGAGGUUAUGUUGAACCCAAUGUUGCCGUACCGUGCAAGCAAGGUUGCAUUGAAUAUGGUGACUGUAUCCAUGGCGCUGGAAUUGAAAGGAGAUGGGAUCUUGUGCACAAUAAUCCAUCCUGGGUGGGUGAAAACAGACAUGGGAACCGAAAAGGCACCUUUGUCCGUGGAGCACAGUGCGCAGGGCAUCCUCCAAGUCCUUGCUAAUUUAUCCUCAUCAGAAACAGGAGCUUUUCUGGACUGGGAAGGAAGGCGCCUCCCUUGGUGAGGGAAUUCUGGUCAGAGAUCCAAGGCUGGCCACAUCUCCUCUAGCUCUCAGUAGCCCCUGCACACCAGCUCUACAGAACAUGAUUUUGGUCCUCAAAACCUUACAAAAAAUUCGAACGAUCACAUUUAAAUUCAAUGAGGGUUAACAUUGCCUGGGUACAGUUUGCUCAAAGUCUUUCCUAAAGUCACUCAUACAUUUUAGUACAUAUUUGAUUUUUUUCUUUGAACUGAAAAUGGCUUCCAGAAAAAGCUGUUUAGCUUCAAUGAAUAAACUCAUGCUCAAAAGUAAAA